AUGCCUCCACCACCACCCCGGCACCUGGCCGGAGACCCCAACCCCAAACCCGCGCCCGCCACCUCGCAUUCCGGCAUGGUCAAGCUCCUCGCCGACCUCCUCCACCACACCGUGCCGUCCGCCUGGCCGCCGGCGCUCGCGGCGCCGCUGCUCCGGAGCCGCCUCGCCCCGGCCCACGUUUCCUCGCUCCUCCUCCUCCCGGCCUCGCUCGCCCGCCCGGACCUCUCCCGCCGCUUCCUCCUCCUCCUGCCUCCCCACCUCGUCUCCCCGCUCUGCCUCUCCCUCCUCGCGCUCUCCUUCAUCUCCGCCCCUGCCUCGCCGUCCCGCUCCCGCUCCCCCUCCCCGCACGCCGCCUCCCUCCUGCUCUCCCUCGCGUCCUCCUCCCCGUCCGCCUCCACCUCGUUCUCCUCCCUCUCCCACGCCUCCUCCCUCUCCCCCUUCCCGCCUGGCGCCACCGCCGCCGCCGCCUCGCUUCUCGCCUCCUCCUACCUCCGCCUCCGCCGCGCCCGCGACGCGGCCGCCGUCCUUCACCUCUCCCUGUCCGCCGGCAUCACUCCCAACCAGUAUACGGCUUCCCACAUUUUAUUUUCCCUUGUCAAGAUUCGUCAGUUCACCCUUGCCUGUGCCCUGUUCGAUGAAAUGCUUCGGUCCGGUGCUCGCCUGGACGAGCACAUUUACACGGCUGGGAUUCGGGCUUACUGCGAGGCCAGAAAUCUUGACGGUGCCAAGGGGCUUCUGGCAAGGAUGCAUCAUGAGGGGGUCAAGGUCAGUGUGGUGCCGUACAAUGUAUUGAUUUACGGAUUGUGCAGGAAUCAUCGCAUUCAGGAGGCAGUGGAGGUAAAGAACAGCAUGGUGGCCAGAGGAAUCAAAGCUGAUGAAGUGACUUACCGUACGCUCGUGUAUGGGUUUUGUCGGGCGGAGGAGCUGGAAAUGGCAUUGAGAAUGACAUAUGACAUGGCCAGGCUGGGGUUUGUGCCAUCAGAGGCCAAUUGCUCAUUUAUGCUUGAUGGGCUACGAAAGAGGGGGGAUGUUCGGGAGGCUUUCAGGUUAGCUUGUCAGUUGGGCAAGUUGGGCAUGGUGCCCAACAUAUUUGCAUAUAAUGCCUUGCUUGAUAACCUGUGCAAGAGCGGUAUGUUUUGCGAGGCAGAUCGGCUUUUCAGUGAGAUGGUAGACAGGGGUCUGGAGCCAAAUGAGGUGACUUAUCCUAUAUUGAUACAUUCACUUUCGAAAAGGGGGAUGAUGGAGGAUGCACUUGACCUGUUCGAUAGGAUGAGGGAGAAGGGUGUCAGAGUGACAGUCUAUCCGUACAAUUCCUUGAUUAAUGGUUGCUGCAAACAGGAUGAUUUAGACAGGGCGAUGGGCUUCCUGAGUGAGAUGACUGACAUUGGAGUGACACCAAAUGCAGCUUCAUAUUCUCCACUAAUUGCUGGUUUCUGUAGAAAAGGGGAUCUAACCAGUGCCAUGGAACUCCACCGGGAGAUGGCUGAGAAGGGUGUUGCAUGGAACACUUAUACGUUCACAGCACUUAUCAAUGGUUUGUGCAAGAAUAAAAAGAUGGAUGAAGCUUCUCAGUUGUUCAAUAAGAUGAUUGACAGCAACCUAGUACCAAAUGAAGCAACUUAUAAUGUCAUGAUAGAAGGGUAUUGCCUGGUAGGCAAUAUAAGAAAGGCAUUCCAGUUGUAUGAUCAAAUGGUUGAUAGGGGCCUCACACCUGACAAUUACACGUAUAGACCAUUGAUAACUGGAUUAUGCUUGACCAGUGGAGCGUCGAAAGCAAAGGAAUUUGUUGCUGACCUAGAAAACAACUGCCCGCUGAACAAAUUUAGCCUAACCGCACUUAUGCAUGGAUUGUGCAGAGAAGGAAGGUUGACCGAAGCUUACCAUGUCUGGAAUGAGAUGGCAAUGCAGGGAGUCAAUCUUGAUCUUGUCAGCUUCACCAUUAUUGUGUAUACAGCCUUGAAGCACCAUGAUACGGAAAAAUCAUGUGUGUUAUUGAGGGAGAUGACAGAAAAAUGUGUCAGGCUAGACAGUGUGUUCCAUACAUGCAUGAUUGACAUGCACUCAAAAGAAGGAAAUAUGGUCCAAGCUUUAAACUGUUGGGAUAACAUGAUUACUGAUGGCUGCUUUCCAAAUACCAUCACAUAUACAGUUUUAGUAAAUAAUCUCUGCAAGUCAGGGCAUUUGAGCAGCGCAGAGGUCCUCUGUAAAGAAAUGUUAUCCAGUCAGUUCCUUCCUAACAAUUAUACUUUUAAUUGUUUUCUUGAUUGUUUUACAACUGAAGGUAAACUGGAGAAAGCUAAAGAUCUUUAUUUCGCCAUGCUUCGAGGCUCUCUUGCUAACAGAGUGACAAUUAACACAUUGAUCAAGGGGUUAUGUAAGGUUGGGCAGAUUCAAGAGGCAAUUGACCUUAUUAGUAAGUGUACUGAAAAUGGUCUUUUUCCUGAUUGCAUUAGCUAUUCUACUGUAAUACAUGAGCUCUGCAAGAAGGGUGAUACAAAUAAAGCGUUUGAGCUUUGGAAUGAAAUGCUGUACAAGGGAUUGAAGCCUGACAUUGUAGCAUAUAAUAUUUUGAUAAGGUGGUGCAAUGUUAAUGGUGAACUUGAGAAGGGUUUGGGAAUAUACAAUGAUAUGAUUAAGAAAGGGGUGCAACCGAACUGGUGCACAUAUAGAGCUCUUUUCUUAGGAAAUUCUCUGAUGACCAGCAAGCGAGAUACUAUACUGCUGAACACCUGAUGUUUAGGGUCACCGUUUUCAAUCUUUUCUGACUCACAUCGCACCGAGGAGUGCCCUGAGCAGUUGCUGCAUGGACAAUCUGGGGCUACCAGAAUAUGCAAUUUCUUCUUUCAGGAACUAUGCUGGAAGCCUGGAUAAGACAAUUCUGUAAUUGGGAUAUUUUUGCGCUCAUCCUUCUGAAAUGAAAGAAGUUCAAGCAGAUAAUAUAGGCAUCUGUCAUUGAAGUUUCCUUCGUUUGCUCAGGCUGCACAGUUUGUUUGAUGUACAAGUACAAUAGAUCCAUUACCUGUACAAACUGUGGCGGUCCCUCCAUAUAUAGAAGCAAAGCCAUAAACGUAUCAUGCAUACGCUUCAACAGUUUAAUCCUGAGAAGCAUGGAUAAUUUCAUUAAUUUUUCUUGGUGUCAGGCUAUCAGCAGUAUUGAGUAAUCUGUUUUUUUUUUCUUGUUUGUGAAGCAAAUGUUCCCGUUAAUAUGUUGUGAAAGAAUUACUCACUUAAUCAUGUCUCUUAAGUCAAACCUGUUUAAGUUUGACCAAGUUUAUAGGAAAAAAACACAUCUACAAUAUUUAUGCAUGUGCCUAGUAUUGAUCCAUUGAUUCUCUGGAUUGAUAGGCCCUUUUUGUGGCGUACGGUAUUUCAAGAUGUUCAUGUAGUCCUAUGUCGUCUAGCACACUUUGCAGCAAACUGGUGAGAUGCUCUUAAGAGCAUGUACAGUACAGAGAAGCGUGGUAAGAGAGAAGUGAUGAGCAGGCCACCAUGGAAGGUUGUCAUUCAGUUCCUCGUUGUCAUACUUUAUGGUUCUUCAUGCACAACCCUACUUGAUAGAAAGUUGUAAAACUAUGCUGCGCCUGUGUCCAUAGAAACUGAUGAUGCUUUUUCUGAGUGCAGGAUACAUUAGUUGGUGAAUCUGAGUAUGUCGAUGAUCACAGGUCUAGUAUGACAGUUGUGAAGCUGAAUGGAAGAUUGAACAAGUGUGGUGUCAUCAGUCCAUGCUUGGACCUUGGAGAUCGAGUCCUGGAGUGCAAGGCUGCUCCCCUUACCUCAGGUGCUCCGAUCGGUGUCAGCGACAACUCUGAAAAGACAUCACUCACAUAGGCGCAGGAGCUUCAGCUGUGCAGGACAUCGAUUUGCCCAUUGUGCCGCCCACAAGCUUCUUUAUGUCUCCAGCAUCCAUGACGCAUUCCAUGGCGACUACAAGCUGUUCGAUCCAAUGCUGCACCGCCACCGGUUGCCACCAUCUGAUCGUGCAAUCAUGAUCAUGGGACCCGAGUGGUGGAAGCUCCUUGUUGCCUUCGAGGUUUUGCCCACCAUCCCUUAUGCAUCGGCCGCUGUUUGAUGGGAGAAGAUGACUAGAGGCAGCGAAAGGAGGGAGAGGGAGGCGCUGAACAAUGUGGCAUAGGUUGAUGGUGAGGACAAUGAAGAGAAAGCGAGCAAUGUGAAGAGGAGGGUGACGAGGGGAGAAAACGAGAAGCUCCAUGUCAUUGCUCUCAAGAUGUGCUUGUCUAUGAAUUUCCGAGCUAUGUAUUAAAUUUGACAUGCAAUUCCACUAUGACUGAAAUAUGCAGGUAUUUGGUUAUUGUAAAUUUUA